AGGGAGGGACCUUUUUUCUUUCUUUCUUUCCUCAUUUCAAACCAUCAAAAAGUGAAAGCCGGCGUAACAAAUGACACCCACAUUUAAACACAAGGAGUUUUUAUCGCAGAGCCUCCUCAAGCACAACACUGUCGUCGUUCUCUGACACGAGUGAUCCAGCUGAACAAGGUAACAGUUCCCUCCACAAUGUCCGACAUGGCCGUCACAUCCAAGGAGACGCAGGACGCCCCUGGCUCCGACACGUCUGCCCCACCACCACCACCAUACUCUUACCAAGGGCAGCAGCCUCCGCCCUACACCACAGACCCCGCGAUGUACUUUCCACCCAAGACUGAGGCGACCUGCAUCAACCAGCCAGGCGCUGGGUACAUUUGCCCAGAAGCCCAGUGGGACGAGACUCCCAUCCCAGCCUCUUCCUCAUUCGACGACAAGACAGUGAGAAGAGCAUUUGUUCGAAAGGUGUUCUGCAUCCUGACGCUGCAGCUGCUGUUCACCUUCAGUGUGGUGUGUGUGUUCACCUUCUCCAGCGUGGUCAAGGAGGCGGUGCAGACCAACCUGUGGGCUUACCUCAGCUCCUUCAUCGUCUUCGCUGUGGUCGCCAUCACCCUGAGCUCCUGCAAGUCCGUCAGCCGCCGUCACCCCUGGAACAUAGUGGGACUGGUCGUGGUCACCCUGAGCAUGUCGUACAUGGUGGGAACCAUCGCCUCAUUCCACGACACCACCGCUGUUGUCAUCACUAUAGGAGCGACGCUGGCGAUCACUCUGGCAAUCAUUGCUUUCUCAGCACAGACCCGUUAUGAUUUCACUAUAUGUUACGGGGUUCUGCUGAUUCUGGCCGUGGACCUGAUCAUGUUCUGCGUCUUCUGCACAUUCUACUACUCCUACGUCGCAGACGUCGCCUACGGAUGUCUGGGAGCUCUUCUGUUUUCACUGUUCCUGUUGGUCGACUGUCAGCUCAUGAUGGGCGCCAUGAGCUACCGCCUGGAUCCCGAGGAAUACGUCAAUGCUGCUCUCAUGCUCUACCUCGACGUAGUCCUCAUCUUCCUCUACCUACUGGGGAGGAAGUAAUCUGUACACACACACACACACACACACAAACAGACCAACACUCCAAACUGUAGCCAUAGUGAAAAAAUCUCCUUUAUUAUUACUGUAACGUAUGUGAUGUAACAGCUUCCUGUCUAAAGAGAAAUUCAAUCGAUUUAUGAUUAUCUGUUUUUACAGACUCUCGUCUCUGUCUCAGUUUUACAUGAAUAAAAAAAUGAUGUUGAA